UCUGGUAAUUCCCAUGGUACAUCAUACACUCGUGGUUAGGCGAUUGGGCUUCGUCACAGAAACAUUGUUGUGCUUUUGCCUGAGGAACCUCGAAGCUUUUGCUGUGCAAAAAUGGUGAGAUCUCUACGACAGGGCUUGAACCUUGCUCGAGCUCAAAUGCUAUCGCGGCCAAGAUGGCUCUCUUCACAAUCAGAGGCGUUGGUGGAGACCAGAACCAAUGACAUCGGCAUCAUCUCUGGAAUCCCUGAAGAACAUCUACGACGAAGGGUUAUAAUCUAUUCACCUGCUCGAACUGCAACCCAACAAGGUUCUGGGAAAGUCGGGAAAUGGAAAAUUAAUUUUCUUUCUACACAAAAGUGGGAAAACCCAUUGAUGGGUUGGACUUCCACAGGUGAUCCCUAUGCCAAUGUUGGUGAGGCAGGACUGACUUUUGAAAGUGAAGAAGCUGCAAAGGACUUCGCUGAGAGACAUGGUUGGGACUAUACGGUCAAGAAGCGCCACACACCACUUUUAAAGGUUAAGUCAUAUGCAGACAACUUCAAGUGGAAGGGCCCUGCAAAGAGUGAAAAGAGUGCAGCGGAUGCUGCGCGCAUAUGACAUUCCUCUUAUGGAGGCCUAUGAGUACCUAUGCUUAGUUUCGUCAUCAAUCUUGAUUUCAUAUCAUCCCUGUUGUUAGUUGUGUAAUGUUGUUGAACUGAAAAUAAUUGUGAUUAUGAACAACAGAACAAGUUUCUCUCUCUUAAAAAGGCUGACCAAACUAUGCAUAUACUCAGCCUCAGACUCCUUAUAUAUGCAUAUACAUGAAAAAAAAUAUAUAUAGUAGACACUGAAGGUGCACUUUCUAGUGA